AUGUUAAAAUACAGCCUACUUUUGUUCACUUUUGGACUCACUUUAACUGGAAAACCUUUUUGGAUAAAAGGUAAGCUUUCAGUUUUUGUUACAUAUUCAGAAAGUUUCUCCAAGUCUUCUUGUACUCUCUGGUCCCGGAUCAAAUUUCAAACUUUAUUUCUAGGUGUAUCUUCUGAACAGACAUCCAGACUUUCUACCUUAGAAAUAAUUAUUCCUCGAAGUCUGACAGGCAGAGAGAAACAUCACCCAUUUUUUCAUGAGGAGCAUUCAGAUGACAAUCUUUCUUACUCAAUUAAAACCAGAAAUGGAACAUACCUCCUAAAACUGAAGAAAAAUAAAAAGCUUGUUAGCGAAGACUUUAUGCUAUAUAUAUAUGGGGAAAACGGGAAACUGGAGGCAACACAAUCAAAACCCAAGACAGACUGUUAUUAUCAUGGCACAGCUGAAGGAAUUGCUGACUCAAUGCUUGCUCUUAGCACAUGCGAUGGCCUUAGAGGAAUCCUCUACAUUAGUGGCAAAUGGUAUGGAAUGGAACCGCUCAACACAUCCAGCACAUUUGAACACGUGUUUUACCAGUUGGAAGAUAUGCAGGAUACCCCCUUCAGAUGUGGUGUGCUGAAUGGCACAUCUCAUCAUGAGAAGAUGUUUGUGAAGCAGUCUGUGAAAUACACAUUUUUAUCGAACAGUACCUCUACCAGGGAAAAGCUUUUGAGGUUUUUGCUGAAGAACUCUGAUCCUGCUGCAGUGCAAAAGGAAACAGUUGAGCUGAUUAAUUAUGUUGAUGGGAUGUAUAGAGCAUUAAACAUCCAGAUUGUUUUGGUUGGAUUAGAAAUCUGGUCAGAUACAAACCACAUAUCUGUAAUGGACGGUUCAGCCGGAGAUGUACUGAGUAGAUUUGUUUCUUGGAGACAGAAAUAUCUUCUUACACGAUCACGGAAUGAUGUUAGCCAUCUCAUCAUAGGGAGAAGCUCUUACGGUGGAUCUAUUGGAAUGGCUUUUGUGGGUACUGUCUGCUCCCAAGUCCAGGGAGGGUCAAUCAGCACUUUGAAUCAUAACAAUAUGUUACGUCAUGCUACAGUAGUUGCACAUGAAUUGGGGCAUAAUCUCGGAAUGAAACACGACGAUAAAAGGUGUCCUGCAUCCUAUAUUAUGCACAGCACAGAUAAUGGAUCCAGGAAUUUCAGCACCUGCAGUGCUGAUGAUUUUGAGAACCUUAUUCUAAAUGGAGGAGGAAACUGCCUUAGAAAUCCUCCCAAAACAAGUAAUGUUUACAAAGAACCUGUCUGUGGUAAUAACGUGGUCGAUAACAAUGAAGAAUGUGACUGUGGCAAACCGCAGGAAUGUACUAAUCCUUGUUGCGAUGCUGCAACCUGCAAACUCACACCUGGAUCUCAAUGCGCCCAAGGACUAUGCUGCAAAAAUUGCAAGUUUAAGGUGGCAGGAGCAGAGUGCAGAUCGAAAAUGGAUUUCUGUGAUCUACCUGAAUACUGCAAUGGAAGCAAUGCCUACUGUCCAGAUGACGUUUAUAUCAUGAAUGGUUACCCAUGUGACAACAUGAAGGCAUAUUGCUACUAUGGAGUAUGCCAGAGUUUUGAUUCACAGUGUGAAGCUAUAUAUGGAAAAGGGGCACGAAAAGCACCUGAUGUGUGCUUUGAAAAAGCGAAUAUUAAAGGAGAUAGGUUUGGAAACUGUGGAAUGAAAGGUGGAGUGUACAAGAAAUGUCCUGUUCAGCACAGUCUGUGCGGCAAGCUCCAGUGCACAUCUGUUAGUCUUCAAAAUCUUCCUGCUUGGAGUGUGGUCAAUAACGCAUCUGGGGUUUUAUGCUGGUCUUCUGACUUUGACUUAGGAUCAGAUGUCCCUGAUCCUGCUCAAGUUCAUGACGGAACAGCCUGUGGAGAAAAUAAAGCCUGUGUAGGUUUUGAAUGUGUUAAUGCAAGUCAUCUGGGCUACAGCUGUGAUGCGAAGCAGAAGUGUAAUGAUAAUGGGGUGUGUAACAACAACGGCAACUGCCACUGCAAUUCCGGAUGGGCACCUCCGUUCUGUAACCAGUCAGGCUACGGUGGCAGCGUUGACAGUGGUCCAGCUCACACAGAUACAUCACUUCGGGAUGGUCUGCUUAUUUUUUUCUUCGUUGCGUUGCCAGCAGUAAUUGUUACUGUAUUAGCAGUAAUUAAGAAUGAUGCAAUAAAAAGAAAGCUUUGCAGGAAAAGUAGAAGACAACACAGGGAUAACAAUGUGCAGCAAUCAAAGCAAAAUAACAGACCAAGUGACAACACAAGAAAUAAUCAGCCUGCCAUGUCAAGUCCUGAUUCUUUUACCAUAUCGCAUCUCCCUGGCCCAAGGCAGCCAGCACAAACCCAGUUUCCCGCAGUUCAUUCAGGACCUCAGCGACCCACAGUCCCGCCUAGACCAGCUGUCUGA